GCGAGUGACGCCUUUCUCACAGACUAAAACCUAGCAUUUAAAAAUAGUCUUUCAAGGCAAUGCAUGUGUUUUUGUUAGCCUUCUGUUUUGGUAGCUAGGCAGUCAGCAGGCUAGUGGUUAAUAACAAACGCAUCUCUGUAAAGUACAAGGUAGACGGAAAGGUGACGUUAGGUAGCCAACUAGCUCACGUUAGCUGUGAGACUCAAAUGUCCAAUUUUGUCUCAGAACUGAAUUCAUCCAUGGUGCCAGGAAGUAGCCACCGUUUGCACCGCAGCUCAUGUAAAACCUGCCAUAAUGCCACUUAAAUAGGCAACGUUAGCUAGCUUACUGAGCUAGCUAGCGACUGCUGGCUGGCAAAGAAGCUGUUUACUUCAAACCUGGUCUUCAAUUCAGGAAGAAGACAGCUAGUCAGCGGACCAAGGAAGUUCAAAUUUCAAGUUAACUGUAUUAACUGGAGCGUCCGGAGAUCGCUCAAGGCAAGCUCCUCACCUGGGAAAAUGACCACAGCCCGUUACCGGCCCACCUGGGAUCUGGCCCUGGACCCCUUGGUGUCCUGUAAGCUCUGCCUGGGAGAGUUCCCCCUCGAGCAGAUGACCACCAUCACACAGUGCCAAUGUGUGUUCUGUACACUGUGCCUGAAGCAGUAUGUGGAACUCCUGAUCAAAGAGGGCCUUGAAACUGCAAUUAGCUGUCCAGAUUCUGCCUGUCCAAAACGGGGACAUCUGCAGGAGAAUGAGAUUGAGUGUAUGGUUGCUACGGAGAUCAUGCAGAGGUACAGGAAGCUGCAGUUUGAGAGGGAGGUGCUGCUGGACCCUUGCCGGACCUGGUGCCCGUCCUCGACGUGCCAGGCAGUGUGCCAGCUGAAGGAGUCGGACGUGCCGCUUCCCCAGCUGGUCCAGUGCUCCGUCUGCAUGCUGGAGUUCUGCUCGGCCUGCAAGGCCAGCUGGCACCCGGACCAGGCCUGCCAGGAGAACCUGCCCAUCACCUCCUUCCUGCCCGGGGAGACCAGCUCCUUCUACAAGAGUGAUGAGGACGACGCUCCCAUCAAGCGCUGUCCUAAGUGUAAAGUUUACAUCGAACGAGACGAGGGUUGUGCCCAGAUGAUGUGCAAGAACUGCAAGCAUGCCUUCUGCUGGUACUGCCUUGAGUCACUCGAUGACGACUUCCUGCUGAUCCACUACGACAAAGGGCCCUGCCGCAACAAACUAGGCCACUCCAGGGCCUCGGUCAUCUGGCACAGAACGCAGGUGGUGGGCAUCUUCGCUGGGUUCGGGCUGCUCCUGCUGGUGGCGUCCCCUUUCCUCCUGCUGGCCACGCCCUUCGUGCUGUGCUGCAAGUGCAAGUGCAGCAAAGGCGACGACGACCCGCUGCCCACCUAACCGCCGGCCCUCCGCCCCCAGCGUCACCCCGACCCCAUCCCACAUGUUGCUAUUACCCCCCUCCGUUUUUCCUCCUUUUGGUUUCCCUUGCGCUCCAGCUUUCGAGCGUUUUCAUCUCCAGAGGCAGGUGGAGGAGGGAGAAAAGGAGAGAGAGAGCGAGAGAGAGAUAAAGAGAUGCUGCCUUUGAGAGCCCAGUGAGAGAGGAGGAUCGCAAGAGAGCAAGAGAGGGCUGCAGUCCAAUGGUCCGGGCCUCUGCUAGGAUGGAGCGCGGAGCCCCAUGCCCCUUUGCUGGACCGGCUGUGGGAGAGACUCGGAAUGGCCCAGUUGGGCGUCUGUUUUGGAGCCCUGCCGUAGCCGAUGUGGUUGGCUGGCUGGUUCCUUCGUUGUUCAGUUGUUCAGUUGGUUGGUUUGUCAUGCGAGCUGGGGGAGGAUGUUCUGGAGUCCUCCCCCCUCACCACACACACACACACACACACACACACACACACACACACACACACACACACACACACACACACACACACACACACAUUUUCUCAUCUGUGUGCUUUCUUUGUGUUCUUCAUGUGAUGGGUGUUGGCCAUGGAGAGCCUCCGCUCCACAGGACUCCUCGUGAGCUCGGUCCGUCUUUCUCUCCCGCCGGUGGGAGACUCUGCUCUGGUCACUCAUCCUCAAUGUAGCUCCUCACUCAGCGCUGGGGCAUUGCCGGACCGCGUCUCAAAGAGAAAAAAAAACUCAAACAAACUCUGUUGCACAUAAACUUUUCGUCUUUCGUCACUUUAAGGGCGGAGCGAGUGUGAGCGAGAGACUCGGGAGCGCUCACCUGUACAGCACACGGAGUGCCGUCACCUCAGUUUGAUCGCUUUACUCUGUCCUAUAGAUGAAUUAUAAGCUGUUUUUUGUAUGUACAUGGUGAAUUGAAAUUGUGAUGUCAAAAAGCUUAUUUCAUACGUCCUCUUCCCAGUCGGGUGAGGCAGUUGUUUUUUGCUGGAUGAGCUCACUUUAGAAUUGAGACGAGGCUCGAGGAAAGCUUUACUAACUUUGCUUAAAACACCCUAUUCUCUCCACACAAAAAAAACAAGGUCUGGAAACCGCUUUGAAUUUUGUAGUCAACAAAAAAAUGUUGAAUGUCUGGUUUGUUUGUUGAUUUGCCCAUUCCUUAGUUCAGGCUGCUGACGGUCAUCUCUGUCGAAGCAGAGCUUUUCCCAACAACAUGUUAGCUUCUCCUUACGACAAUGUUCAAAUUCAGAUUUUCACUUGAUCCUGUUUCAGUAUAGACAAAUAACCAUAUUGUUCUGUUUGUGGCAUGGUAUUGUCCCAACUGUAUCUAUAUCCAAAUACCUGUAUCCUAUAUUACUCCUGUGAACUGACCACUGGUUGCAAACUUGCAUAGGGUAUUUUAAAAAACAAAUCAAAACAUGGCAACGGGAAGGGCAGGUGAGCAUUUCAAAAGGGCACUUAUAUCUAAAUCUGACAGGGGCACCAAAUGUAGAAAAUCCAGACUGUUCACUUUUCAGAACACGCUUCAUUUUGCUCCUGCACCCUAUCUAUGCAAGUUUGUACCUCUCAACACUAUACACCAAGUACACACGGUAGUGAAUGUGUGAUUCAAUAAUGUGUGGUUCAGUAUAUGUGUUCUCCAAGAUACCGACCAACCUUGUGCCAUUGUGUCAUGCCACUUGAUGGAUGAGAACGUGGCCAGGCUGCAGCAGUGGUUGGACAGGGCGGUGAGCCACACUGUCCUCUAUCACUUGACUCAUGCCUUGUAGCCAGAACACAUGUAGCCACAAGGGCUUUGUCUGUAAAGAAAGUCGGUCCAAACGGUUUUAUGCAUGUUUGGUUAUGUGCAGUUAUUCGCAGCUCUGGUUUGUCCGCAGGGAAUUGUGUUUGACACUUGUAGCUCUGGAACGUGCCAUCCUUAAUAUCCUUUUGUGUUGAUGACUACACCGUAGAAAAUAAUCACAUUGCACAACCCCCCCCCCCCCCCAAAGUCUUUUCUUAAUGGUGUUUUCCUUUUACUUUCAUAACUGGGUAUAUAGUUUGGUUAUUUUCUCCAUGUAGCAAGGAGAGGUUUACUCUCUCCUCUCCACACUACCGGUCUUCACACAAUUUACACAAAUGCAUUAGCCUUAUGUUAAAGCAUUUAAGCAUUUUACGCAUUGUGUAGCCUUUGAUCCAAACUCUUUAUGUUUGUGCUCCAAGCACAAUCUUUUUUGUGAGAUGCUUUUGUUUGACCCUUCGAGUCGUCUUUUUGUUCUUCUUGGAUCAAAAGAUUUGUCAUUUGUUCAUUUUAAGGUGGCUAUUUUUAACCCAAUCAAUGUAUGACAAUCGUGCCAAGUGGGUUUCUGAGCUGACGGUGAUGACGACAAAAAAGCAGAAUGUGUAGAGCUUUACUGAGAGGGCAGCAUUACAGUAUGUACGAUUUUGACUCUCUCCUUACGAGGUUUUGUUUUUAAAAGGUCUCUUUUUUGAGUAUGUAAAUAUAUUCUUUCCUUGACUCUUCAUCUGUGGGGGGUGGGGGGUUAAUUUGAGAAAACUAGUAAUGAUGUCUACAUCUCUGGGAUUCAUUUUAGGAAAGAAAAGUUUAAACGUGUUAUGGUCUUUGUUUCUUUUUCAGGGUUGGUUGGGGAUGUUUGGUUAUAUGACUUCUUAGGCUAUUAGACAUGCUGCACCCUAAGGUUUGUGGUGUUUAUAUGUGCUCAGCACACUUCUCCAGAACAACGCUUCUGCUUGACUUAAGUGUGCUCCAAGAUAUAACAAACAUGUAGCAAAAAGAGGCCAAAAAUAUUUCCGUUAUCUGCAGAAAAAGCAAAUGAAUUUGCACAAAGAAAAAAAAAUUGUACUGCUUGAAAGCUUUUUAUUCAGUUCAGUCCUCGCCCAUGGCUUUGUGUUGGGUCUUUGGGGCUAUCUUCUUGUAUUUGGAGUCAUGCUUUAGAAAGUGUUACGGUCCACAUUCUGUUCCUCUUUCCUCCCAGCACUCUUUUGAGGGUCUUGAGGGUCGUGAUUGCCAUCACAGGUCCCAGCCAAUCAUUGUGACAAGUGCUUGAAGACAUAUCUCCAUGUAAGGGUUUUUUGGCAGUGCAGUCCUCUUUUCGCCCUGAAAACUAAGUUUGCCUUUCAUACAUCUCUAGAUUGCCUUUAUGUUGUUUUUUUGGAUUUGUUCUUUUUUAUACAAAAGAAUUAAAGGAAAAAUAUCCUGUUUUAUUUGUAUUUUCCUUGUAAAUGGGAAAGAUUCCGACUUGUUCAUAAGUUGUAACCUUGUACAUUGGCAUGUGUGGAUGGUCUUGUUCAAUGACUAAAAUAUUGUUUUUUUUCCACCUGAGGAGAAAAAAAGUACUUGUAUGUAUCUACUGUGCCACUAACACUGUGAAAUUAAAGCAGUUUAAAUGUUAAGAUCCAUCAAAA